CGUCGCCAGACAAGAGAGGACGGAGGGACGCUGUGGGAGUUCACCGCAGGAAACACGCUAUGAAAUCCUCAAAAUGACUGCUCGGAGAGUUUCGGUGUAGUUACCUGAUACAGGAACUCCUGGGAAGUCGAGGGUUGUAGGAUUCCUGGCUGCGAUCCAGAGGCACAUGCUAACCCCACAGAGUGCUGAUGGGAAUGUUUUACCUGCCACCGCCCCCAUCGUCUCCACGGAGAUGACCCGAGGCAAAGUGGAAUGCGGAUGAAAGAGUGAACCAGGGGAAUCUGAAGUUUGGGCCAAGAUAUCUUCAAACUGAGCCAAAAAGAAACUUGUUCUCUUGUACUAAAAAAAAAAAAAAAAAAUACACACUCACUACCAACCAGUCAUCACGAUGCUGAUGCCUGGACCGCUGUGGGUGUGCCUGGCACUGCUGAUAGGGGUGGGAAGCUGCAGCGCCCACAGCCUGUUUACCUGUGAGCCAAUCAAAGUGCACCGGUGCCUCGGCAUGCCCUAUAACAUGACCUUCUUUCCCAACAUGAUGGAGCACUAUGACCAAGACAUUGCUGCCAGUAAGAUGGAGCCAUUCAUGCCCCUCGCAAACCUGCGCUGCUCUCCAGACGUCCACCACUUCCUAUGCCAGGCCUUUAUCCCAGCAUGCACCGAGGAGACCAAGGUGAUCCGUCCAUGCCGAGAGCAGUGUGAGGCUGUGCUCUUUGACUGCAGGAACGAUAUUUCUACCUUUGGCAUCACCUGGCCCCCUGAGCUGCAGUGUGACAAAUUGGAUCCAUGUAGCUCUCCUGAUGGUUCUGCACUCCCACUAACUACACCCAUGAGCUCCCCAUCAGCUAAGAGAGACCUGGGCUUCUGGUGUCCGCUACAACUAAAGACCAAACCAGGCCAGGGCUCAUCAUUCCUGGGCACCCCUGAUUGUGCUCCACCUUGUUCCAACAUGUACUUCAAACCCCAUGACAUUGAGUUUGCCAAGAGCUUCAUCGGCGUGUGCUCCAUCAUCUGCUUGGGUGCAACGCUCUUCACUUUCCUCACCUUCCUUAUCGAUGUCAAACGUUUUCGCUACCCCGAACGUCCCAUAAUCUUCUAUGCCGUCUGCUACAGUUUUGUUUCACUCAUUUACUUCAUUGGAUUCCUGCUGGGGAACAACGCAGCCUGCACCAAGGCCUCCCAUCCAGCUGGUGUUGAGACAGUGGUGCUGGGCUCUCAGAGUAAAGGCUGCACUCUGCUCUUCAUGCUCCUUUACUUCUUCUCCUCUGCUGGUAUCGUCUGGUGGGUCAUCCUCACCAUCACCUGGUUCCUGGCUGCUGGCCCCAAGUGGAGCUGUGAGGCCAUUGAAAAGAAAGCGGUGUGGUUCCACUCUGCUGCCUGGGGGAUCCCCGGGGCAUUGACCGUCAUGCUUCUGGCUCUAAACAAGGUUGAAGGGGACAACAUCAGUGGGGUUUGCUUUGUGGGGCUCUACGACCUAGACGCCCUGCGUUACUUUGUGCUGGCUCCACUGUGCGUGGGCGUCAUCGUGGGCCUCUCCCUCCUCCUGGCUGGGAUCGUAUCUCUCAACCACGUCCGGCAGGUUAUCCAGCACGAUGAGCGCAACCAGGAGAAGCUGAAGAAGUUCAUGAUCCGCAUUGGUGUGUUCAGUGGCCUGUACCUAGUGCCUCUGGUCACUCUGUUGGCCUGCUACACCUAUGAACAAAGUCAGCGCAGCACCUGGGAGAAUACCUGGAUCAAUGACCGCUGCCAGGAGUACAGCAUCCCCUGUUCUUACAAGACGACAGAGUAUGACCGUCCUGACCUUUCGCUGUUCCUGGUAAAAUACCUGAUGACGCUGGUGGUCGGAAUAUCUGCAGUGUUCUGGGUCAGCAGCAAGAAGACCUGCUCAGAGUGGGCCUACUUCUUCAACAGGACCCGCAAGAGAGAUCCCAUCAGCGAGAGCCGCCGGGUGCUCCAGGAGUCCUGCGAGUUCUUCCUCAAGCACAACAGCCGCGUGCAACACAAGAAGAAGCACUACAAGCCGAGCUCUCACAAGCUCAAAGUCAUCUCCAAGUCCAUGGGCACGAGCACCGGUGUUGCCCCAACCAGUGCCACCGCCACCACCACCAACCAGGGAGCCUACGCUCUGGCCAACCAUGACCCCCACGGGCAAGGCUCACUCUCUGAGACCUCAGCCAGAGAGCAUCUGGAGCGGGCGGCCUCCAGCAGAGGCUCCAGGCGGGGGGAAAGGGAGAGGGAGAAGGAAAGGGAGGAAGGAGAGAGACGCAGCAAAGCGGGAAGCUCAAGUAAGAUCAGCAACCGCUCUGAGAGCUUCCACAGAGUCCCAGAUGGGAGGAUGACUCCCAGGAGCGACCUGUGUGAGGCCAGGCACGCUCCCAGUGGACAGCAGCAUCCAGCUUUAAGCCUGUCACACAGCAGCAGCGUCCAAGGCUCCUCCCCCCACCUGGUGCACCAGGUACCAGAGGAGAGCAAGGACAACAAGGACAGCAGCUGUUGAGACAUCCAACCCUCCAAAAAUGUAUCUCUCCGCCCAUUCAUCCAUCGAUCCAGCCAUCCAUCCAUCCAUCCAUAAAUCCACUGAGACAACAACUUUGAACCCCUGUUGUCAUCCAUGUACCUCAGUGUGUGCUUAAUUUAGCUGUCGCUGCACAUUAAAUUGGCACAUUUGAUUAUGAUUGUAUUGGUGACAUUAUAGUAUAUGAAUGUUCAUUGCCAGCCAAAUUUAACUUACCUCACACAUUUAAAACUUGGUGUGUUUGGAUUGAAGGGUUCAGAGGAGAGUCCAAAGGUGUUUGGUGGUUUAGUUUGGGUGUCUGCUGUGUGCCGCUCAGCUUUACUGCAGUUUUUGGCCAGAAAACAUUAAGAUAAAUGUUUGAAGCCUUUCAGCAGCAUGGCUGUAUUUCCUAUUAUACAACAACCAAUGGUCAUUUCAUUGUAUUAAGCAUUAAAAGCUAUAGGCCUACUGUUUUGCAGACUGGUAGUUCAAUCAUGUAGAAUGCACGCUAGUAAACAAAUGCAAUAUUUAUGUAAAUAAUACUCUAUUUUUUAGAAGUUCAAGUAGUCUUUCACUGGAGUAGUCACUACACUGAGGGUUUUGAUAAGGAAGGUCAUAUUAUUGCCAAACAGUUGACAUAAGGAACGUCUUCCUGUGGUCAGUUUUGUUUUGUUUUGUUUUGUUUUGUUUUGUUUUUGUUGUUUUUGUUGUUGUUGUUGUUGUUCAGAAACCAAUUUUGUCUUGAAACCUCAUCUAUACAAAAUGUACCACUUGUUUUGCUCCUUUGAGAAAGACAUGUUUAUAAACUUGAUGUAGCUGAUUUUUAGAAUAUGCUGAAUCUGAUUUUCAUGUGACCCAGUUCUCGCUUUCAAAAUUGUACUCUCACUACAAUGUUUUUUUUUGUUUGUUUGUUUUGUGUGUGUGUGCUUUGUUUUCUCAUGUAGUAGCUGUUAUUUCCUCUCUGUCCAAGUGUCUUCAAUUAUGUAUCCUAUGAUUUGGGGUAAAGCAUAGCUUUAUAGUGUCCUAAAAAAAAAAAAAAAAAAAAAAAAAAGUGCCUUCCUUGAAAUAACUCCUCAUUCUCGAAAUACCUACAGAUGUUCUGCAAGUGUGAUUAUGGCUACUGCAUAAAUGUACCUACUGCUACUGUAGUUAUUGAUAUGAUUUGGAAUCAGUUUGAGGAAACAGAUCAGAGGGGCUUUGCACUAUCAAUGGCAUUAGAAGCACAAACCAUUAUUCAUGUAGGGUAAUGCCUAAAUACAGGACAGUCUUCCACAAAUACACAAUGGGUCUGGGGCUUUGUUCGGGGUUUAUUUAUAUCAUGGAUUGCGGACCACAUAUUUCUUACUCUCCACAAAUGCUUUCUGUGAUUAUUUGAAAAUCACUCUGUCUUUUAUGCUGUACAGUAUAUUUUGCUGUGUAGGGGAUUGAUUAUCCCUACCACCUUUUGCAGGCUUAUGUUUAAUCAUUUUGGGAGUCGCAGGGCAAUCCAGUUACACUCAAUAAAGGGAAUGCUUGUCAAUUUAUGUCAGAUACAUUUUAAAGUACUCAUUCUGUCAUGUGUACAGGGGUCCUGUUUAUGAUGUACCCACCUAGACCUAAUGUAGAUCGUCUAUAAAAUUUCUCUACAGUUUUUGUGAACCUUUUUUAGUUUUUUACCAUGUAGUCUGUACCUUUUCGUAUGAAUUUUGUAUCAGUCCAAUUUCCUUUUGAUAAAAUAUCACUGAAUAAUAAAUAAAAUGAAAGUUGAA